AUGGUGCAUGGAAAGGAGGUAGAUCCCAAGGGAAGGAAAAAGGACUCUAUUGAGAUAUUUAUAGGCAGUUCUCAAUUGUUUCUAGAAAAUGGUUUGUCCCAGCUACGAUACAUGAUAUUAACGGAAGGAUUAUCGAUCCCAGAAGGUUAUGAUCAGUGCCCAUACAGAAGUUACGUUUGGUCAAUAUUGAGUCGAACUCAAACAUUCUCCACUAACCACUACUUGCAGCUCCUCUUAGAACAGGAGACUAGUCUCAGCAAAGAGCUUAGAGCCAAAAUCAAAGGUGACACUUUCAGGACAUUGAUGAAUGAUCAGAAAUUUCAUCAAAAAGUAAGUGAGGACCUGCUCAUUCGUAUCUUGUCGUGCAUCGCAGUGACCAACGACGUGGGAUACGUCCAGGGACUAAAUGUGCUACUUGCGCCCAUAGCAUACUCUUGUUAUCGAAGUGAACCGCAAGCAUUUGCUAUAUUACACACCAUAAUCACCUAUCAUAUUCCGCUAUACAUCACACCGAAUCUAGAAGGUGUACAUACUGGUUUAAGUUUAGUUGAAACGGUGCUCAAGUUAAUCGAUCCGGUGCUUAGUGAAUCGCUCGAUUCCAAGUUUCUCAAACCUGAAAUAUACGCAUUCCCGUCAGUUCUCACGCUAAGUGCAUGCACACCUCCAUUGAACUCGGUGCUCAAAUUGUGGGAUUUCUUGUUUGCGUAUGGAUUCCAUAUGAACAUACUUUUCAUUGUGGCACAAUUGAUUAUCCACCGUACCGAAGUCUUGGAUUCGGAACAACCAAUGAAGGUAUUGAGGAAUUUCCCCCAUUUGGAAGCUAAUGAGAUCAUCAAGUUGAGCUUAAGUUUCAUCCCCGAGUUACCGGGUCCUCUUUAUGAUUUGAUUGCCAGACACGGGUAUGACAAAUCGGUGCCAAAAAAAUUGAAGGCUUUCUUGGCAGAUAGUGAAAUUUAA